AUGUACUGUUUAUAAAUGCCUUUGUUUUUAGGUGACAUUCACGGACAAUACUAUGACUUACUUCGACUCUUUGAAUAUGGAGGUUUUCCGCCAGAAAGCAACUAUCUAUUUCUUGGUGACUACGUUGAUAGAGGAAAACAGUCUUUAGAAACAAUUUGUCUCUUAUUGGCCUACAAAAUCAAAUAUCCUGAGAAUUUUUUCCUUCUUAGAGGGAACCAUGAAUGUGCCAGCAUUAAUAGAAUUUAUGGAUUUUAUGAUGAAUGUAAAAGAAGAUAUAACAUUAAGCUGUGGAAAACUUUUACAGACUGUUUUAAUUGUUUACCAAUUGCAGCUAUUGUGGAUGAGAAAAUAUUCUGCUGUCAUGGAGGCCUAUCGCCAGAUCUUCAGUCAAUGGAACAGAUUCGACGAAUUAUGCGUCCCACUGAUGUACCAGAUCAAGGUCUUCUUUGUGAUUUGUUGUGGUCUGACCCUGACAAAGAUGUCUUAGGAUGGGGUGAAAAUGACAGAGGCGUGUCGUUCACAUUUGGUGCUGAAGUGGUUGCAAAGUUUCUCCAUAAACAUGAUUUGGAUCUUAUAUGUAGAGCUCAUCAGGUGGUUGAAGAUGGAUAUGAGUUCUUUGCAAAAAGGCAGUUGGUAACUCUAUUUUCUGCCCCAAAUUACUGUGGAGAAUUUGACAAUGCUGGUGCCAUGAUGAGUGUGGAUGAAACUCUAAUGUGCUCUUUUCAGAUUUUGAAACCUGCAGAAAAAAAGAAGCCUAAUGCUAGCAGACCUGUAACACCACCCAGGGGUAUAAUCACAAAACAAGCGAAGAAAUAGUAAUUUUGGUAUUGCCUAGUUGGGACUUGUAUUAUAGUAUAUAGCUUCCAUUUUUAAAACUGUGUACUGUUAAACUUGCUCAAAAUAGAUAAUGGUUGUGGUUUUUCAUUUUUGAUUUAAUGAAUAGCAUUUGCUGAUUGUAACAGCAAAUGAAAAACUCUUCUCCCUUCCCAAGAAGAGUUUUUUUUAAAAACUUUCCUUAUGUUGGUGUUAUAGCUGUUCACUCCACAGUAUCUUAUCCUGUCAUCACAGGUAAUUGUACAGAUUCAAAAAAGACAAUUUGUACAAUGAGUAGUGUAAAUGCUUGUUUUCUUUAGGAACUAAAGAGGGCACUAGCGUGCUGUGAGACUAGAAAUUUGUUACUGUCAGAAAUUGCAUGCUGUUUAUACAAACCAUUGUGAACUUUUUUACUUUAAAAAGUUGUUUGAAAGGGAUUGCUUUGCUUUUAAAUGUCUUGUUAUAUACACAUUAGUUUUAUUGCGGUCAGCAUAUGAAAUAACCCUCCAACUUACCAGCAUCGCUAGUAUGAUGUAUAUUUAAUUAAAGCACACUUCCCCUCCCAUAUGCUUUAAAUGAAAAUUAAAGCCAUUAUUUUAAAUGUUUGUGUCUCCUUCCUGAAGCCAAAGUUUCUGCUCAGAAAGCUGUAUCUACAUAACUCAUCCAGAUGAGUUGGCAGGGCUUUACAUUCAUGUCUCUCUUGGAGGUGAAAGGAAGUUUUGACUUCAGCUAGCAAGUAGUAAUGCUGUGUAGUUUGUGCUAUUCAAAGUAAAGAUAAACAAUGUUUGUACAACUUCAAUAUAUUCUAUUGAGUGAGCCUUCUUAUUGUUGCAUAUGUCCUGUUGCAGCCAUUUCCAGAAACCUGUAACUUGUGGAGAUGGUUCUAGAUCUGCCUGAGAAUUUGUUCAUUUCUGGUCUAAAGACUUGGGUUGGCUUAUCAAAUUAUUUGCUAGGCUUUUUUUGUAGAACAGACACAGGAGUUAAUUCUGUUCACCAGUUUAUACAAAUCUUAGUCUUUUUUUUGUUUUUAAAAACAAAACUGUUAAUCUUUUUUGAACAGAUAAGUACAAUACCAUGUAGUGAAAAUAAUUCAUUUAUUAAACGAAGAAAUUGUUAAAUCUUCU